UUACUUGGGCAGCUAGCGUUCGACCAGCAGCCCGCUGACUGAGGUUCAGUUCUCAGUUGUUUUUCGUGUCGGAAAGUUGUCACUCGAGCGGCUACUCCCGAAGAAGCAAAUACCUUCUCUCUGUUGGGCAUAUUCCAGAGGAUACAAACUCUGUGGAGUAAUUUUCCUGAAUGGGAUACAACUCUGUUUUGCAAACAGGAGAUUUUUGAAUGAAAAGCCAUUGAUUCCAGCGCUUGGAAGGCGUAGAUCAUCCGCAGUUGAAGCGGACCAAACAAUAGAUUGUGCGUGCUUUAAGUGUUCCCCGUUGUUGUGUUUCUUUUAUGAGAGAAAAAAAAGGUUUUUUUCUUCUCGAGAUUUAUCAAUGAAAGCUUAAAGUGUGUCAGCCCUGUUUUACGUUGAAGAAUCUGUUGUUCAACCCUGCAGUCAUCAAGUGCAUUUCCAAGUGUUUCAAGAAAUCGUCUGUGUUCUAUUCGUUGUGAUCUUUGUGUAAACUUUGGCUUUGGACAAGUCCAAGGCCGUUCCAAGAGAAUCGAAUUUAAGUGUGAGGUGAUAUCAAGCAAUAUAGAAAAGUGGAAAAAACAAUUGUCAGAGUAAACUGGAGUUAUUAGAAGAUUGGUGUUGAUUCUGUUCCAAGCUGAAGAACCUUGGAAUCGCCGUGUGUCAAGUGUGCGAAAUAUGAUUUGGAGCAAGUCUCGAGCGAGCACAGUCAAUCACGGUGAAAAUGUAUCGACUAAUAUUGUUGAUGUGAUGCACUCAGCUCAGCUGGCCGUUGUUGUAGAAGCAGUAUCAGAAGUAUCGAAGCAACCGGAAGUGAACUUACCGUCGUCGUUGGUGCAUCGUAGCAACCUGGGAGCAGGGCAGCCGGGUAGUGAAGAUAUUCAAAGCCUACUACUGUUGGCGACGGAAGUGAGCCAGAAGAGCUCCAUCAGCGAAGCCUACUACAAUCUGGACAAGGUUCUAUCGUGAAGUGCGGCAGUGCGAGAGAUAUCGGUGGUUACGCCGCGCAACGAAGAAGAGAAAGCCGUGGAGAAAACGGAAAGUUUGCUGGUUAAAAGCCGCCGAAGAAGAGGUGUGGAGAGUGCUGAAUGUGUACAAUAGAAAGCCACAAGACGAAAUUAUUGCGAGCCAGCGCAACAGUGAUAAAGUAAAACUUGUUGAGAGUAAAAGUUGUUACGAAGCAGCGAAGUGUGGGAAAAGAGAAUUGGUAAAAUCGUGAUCUCGAGAAGCUUGUGAAGCAACGUAUACAAAAUAGCGGUAGAAGAAGAGCGUUCAAAAUAAAAUACGAAAAAAUCUACGAUUUUUCGUUCAUCAAUUGAGUUUACAUAUUUUGACGUAAAUCAGUGCGUUCCCAGCGUUUUGGCCGGUAGUGUAUUCUGCGAGUGCAAGUGGCGAGCGGGCGUUCCGUCGAAAGUCUGAUCACUUAUGAAAAAAUACUUCCUGAACAAAAUGUCAACCGGCAAGCGCUUGGCCAAACGGUCCAUCAUCGGUACCCGGGUGUGCGCCCCCGGUGCCGAUGGCAUCUGGUACUCCGGUACGAUCCAGACGGUCAAGACCAACCAGAAGGACAACACCAACUGCAUCAACCUGACGCCGAACACGCGCUACUCGGUGCGCUUCGACAGCAAGCUGGACGUCGCGAAGCGCGGCCUGGCCCGGGAGUUCCGCGAGAGCGAACUGAUCGGACCGGGCUUCAAGACCAUCAUGGACGUCCGGCUCAAGCCGGGCCAGAAGGUCUUCCUAACGUACAAUGGGCGCGAAAGUGCCGGCGAGGUCCUGCAGCACGACGACCUGAAAGACGAAGUUACCGUUAAGAUCGUUCCCGUUGGACAAGAGGUAUGCAAACAUCCUACUAACGAUGAUCAGCCUCUUCCCGCUAACGCCCCGAUCGAGCUGACCAAGCGUCUCGAAGAGGUCCGGCUGCUGGAGUCGCGCCGUUCGCCGCGACUCGCCGACCAGGAAAAGGACACGGACUUUGCCCGGCUGGCGGACAUGGCCGGCGACCGCCGAAGACAAUCACACAGCAUCGAUGUGCCAUUCUCACUCACGCAACAAAAUGGAUCUCGUAAACGACGCCCCUCAUACUCACAGGACGAUCGGGAAUAUUACAGUAUUAACGACGACGACCCGAUGGACGAAUGCCACGCGGCCCUGGUACUGAUGAGUCUGUCCUGCUCGCCGAACUCUUCCUCCGUGACCACCGGUUGGGAGCCCAUCCUGGGCACCAGCUCGGGCAGUAGCAGCACCUCGUGGAGCACCGGUUCGACCACGCCACCGCUCAGCGAGGAUGGACAUUCCACGUCGCCGAACAGUGCCAGCAGCAGUGUCAGCAGUAGCAGCAGUAGCGGCAUCGGCAGUAGUCCACCAGGCAACAACAACAACAACAACAACAACGUCGUCACCACCACCAAUAACAAUAACAACAACAACAGCAGCGUCAAUAACAACAACAACAACAACCAGAACACCCAAAACACCAACACUGCCAACGCCACCACCAACGGUACCACCAAUGACAUUGUGAUUCGCGGUCCCCGGACCACAUCGAUCUCCACCUCGGACGAGGGCAUCGGAAUGGACUACAACGAGGACAUGCCACGGAAGCGACGGGCGAGCCAACCAAUCUACAAAUGCACCUGGAAGGGUUGUGGCGUCAUCUACACAUCUUGUUCUGAGGUCACCGCUCACGUACGAAACGCACAUCUAGGUCCCCGCAAGCCGGACGAGGACAGCGACGAGGAGGAUUUCUUCUUCACCGAAAUUGAGGAUGAAAGUGACAGUGGCCUUAGUGCGCCCCAUCCACCAUCGCCACCGACUCUGAGCCACCGCGACAUGGCUCGACCCCCGCACGAAGAUCCGGAGUACCAACGGCAGCUGGUUGGUACCUACCGGCAGGGACUGCUCUCGAUGUCCUCCCAGCAACAGCAGUCCGCCCUACAGCAGCAUCCCCAUCUGCAGCAGCACUACGGUCAGCAGCUUCAGCAACACCAGCAACAGCUCGGAGCCGCCAUCAAACCGCCACUGCCAGGGCACCAGGCCGCCCAGCUCCAUCUCCACCAUCAGCAGCAGCAACAGCAGCACGGUCUGAAUAACAACAACAACAGCACGGGCAGCAGCAACAACAAUGCCAUCAGCCAGCAAGGCCCGGGAAGCAACGGCAGUAGCAGCAGCAGUGGCGGCAGCAGUAACGGCGGCAGCAGCGCGGCCGUCCUCGCACACAGCAACACUUCGCCGCUGAUACACCACAACUACACCUGGUCGCAAGUCAGUCCGACCUCUCCCCAGAAGCACGUCCGUCUGUCGCCCCGCCCGUCCUACCCGUACCCGUCGCCAAACUACUCAAGCCAAAUCGCUCAACAACAUCACUACCAGCAACAGCAGCAGCUCAGCCAGAUCCAGCUGUCGCCCGGCGGCACCAACUACCACGCGCAGUCCGCGCUUCUCGGUGGUGCUGCGUCCGCCACCGGUGCCGGCCAGGUGCAAUCGCUGAACGGUGCCGGUCCUUUCGUGACGCCCGGCUCCAGCCCCGGCUCGGCCGGCAGCAACCGGUCGCCCCUAUCGCCGAACCGCCGGACGCGGGGCGAGAACAAAAAGUGCCGCAAAGUGUACGGCAUGGACCACAAGGAGCAGUGGUGCACCCAGUGCAAGUGGAAGAAAGCCUGCAGCCGCUUCGGGGACUGAUCGUCCAAGUCGCGCAGCAAGCCUCCGCCGGCAGCGUCGGCGUCAUCCCUUUCACCGCAUUCGCAGCCAACGGCGCUAGCAGCGCCUCUUGCGGUUGCGAAUGCGAACCACCACCAGCAGCAACAGCAACAACAUCAGCAGCAGCAGCAGCAGCACCAUCACAGCAGCAACCAUCAGCACCGGCUACAGCAAUCGCAGCAGCCGGUGGUCUGAUGCGAGCGUGGCGGGCGAGCUGCGCGCUAGGCGUUUGAAUGGUUUAGUGAGAGCGAGUUAGUGCGCGUGUUGGCGCGUAUCAUGCGAGUGCGUAUACGUUGUGUAUGAUGUGUUGGUGAGACGAGUGCGCGCGCGUGCUCUGUUGUACAUAUUAUGAGAUAAACGUGAUAUAUUUUAGCGAAAAAGGUUCAAGCAAGUGUGCGUGUUUGUAUAUGGGAAUAAAGACAGAAAAUGACAGAAAAAUGCGAAAAAAUUGUGGACAUCAAUUCGUAAAGAGAUAGUUUGUAGGUUCUAUUGAGUGUAAUAAUGUUAGCUAUUUAUAUUCUCAGCCGGCGUAAGUGGAAAAGUCGCAGUCCGAUAUCCGAUAAAAUGUACAGAAGCAGAGGCAGGUUUGAAACGGAGCAUAAUUGCGCAAGAAACGCACUACACACUAAAAUAUAAACACUGAUAUCCGGCAAACAAUGGCAACGUAGCGGAAAGAGAAGCGUAUUUUUGUACCGACAAAACCACAACUACUACUACUAUAAGUACUAAAGGCAAAACAAUAGUGUGACUCUAAGAAAACCAACCCAAAAUCAAAUUUCUCCUGCACGUUGUUAGACAGUUUAUAUUUUCUGUAUUUGAGCCCCACGUAAUCGUUGGAAACUGAUUUUACUCAUCGAAACGUGAAAACCAAGUUUACAAAGCUUCAAGUUGCAACUGCAUGUGAUUUUUUGAAACUGUUACAAAUACACACUGUAAAAAAUAUUUUUCAUGGAAAAGUAAAUCGUACUAAAACGCAUCGCUGUUGUUCGAACUAUUCUUUUUUGUUGAUUUUUUGAACUAUGCCUAUUAUAUGAAACACAAGUGCGCUAAAUGUUGUACCGUGCUGAACGGUUUUUUCUCCAGUCUCCCCCUUUCCCUUACACACAGACACAAACUAAGAACGGCAGAACAGAAGUGAACACACACACAAACGUAAAUUCAAAACAAUCCAACAUCUGGCAGUGUUGGCAAACAUCCAAGUCGACAGUCGAACGAUUCCAUUCCACACCAUCCGAACCCAAGAUCGUGCGCGCUACGGAACCGAACAGCAAAGAACAGAGAAAACCCGAACCAAUUGGCUAUUGAAUGAUGAUUGUCUAUCUCUUUAUCGAAUUACUUGAAACAAGCGGAAAAAUGUUGAAAAAUUGAGUGAAAAAUAUCGUAAAAACAACAUCCGUAAUUAAUAAAAAAAAAAAUGCAACAAGACUUUUAAAGGCUGAUUUAGUUUUUAAUGAUACAAAAAAAAUACCAACACGCAAAAUGAUGGAAACAUACAACAGCAAAUGACAACGUUUUUCCCCCCAAGAGGGUAAACGGCAACAUUCCCCCGAGGGGGAAUUUUAAACGUAAACAAAGAACUGACCGUCAUAUCAAAGCGUGCUCUGCUUCGGUGUCGACACAUUCUUGACAACUCGUGAAACGCACACACACUCACACCCGCCUUGCGGCACGGAACCACCACGUGCCGCUGUAAAACAACGUAACAUCACAAUCGAAAAACGACAACAACCAAAAACAUCAAAAGCGUCAGGGUGUGCGCGAUGGUGCGUGCGCUAAAAUGUGAACUUUUUAGUGUGAAGCGAAACAAAAUGAAAGAUAAAUGCGAAUAAAACCACUGCCAAUAAUGUUAAAGAUUAAAAUGAAGAAAAAUACAAAAAAAUACUACAUUUAACUCUACAUUGAAAGCGAAAGCAAAACAACCAUUAAAAUAAAGUAAACAAAAAACACUUAUCGAUUAAUUAGGCGCAAGAGGAAACCGCGAAGGGAGCGAAGAAAAAAUAAGCAAAGCAAAUCCAAUCGAUAGACGUAUGUGUAAACCCUAAUCUUUGACGUGUUUUCCAUGGUAAGCAGUAAAAAAAAGCGUAAGCAAGCAAAAAACGUAUUAUAAGUAAAAGUAAAAACUCAAGUAGACGACGAAACCUAAACUAAAAGAGAACCGCUCUCGUCGAAGUGACGCUAACAUUUGAACACAAGUGGAGACAACCUGGCAAUGUAAGUUAAAAUUUUACGUAACUUUUAACGGCAAACGGACACACGUUACGUGUGCGCAAGUGUGAACUAAGGGGUUUGUUCGGAAUGUUUACAUUUUUUUCCGUAUAAAAACAAUCAAAUGUGACAACAAGCAAAAAUUGUGAUACAUUUCAGAAAAACCGAACCCGGUUCGGAUCUCCCCCGAUUGGUCCCAUUGGUCGUGUGCUAGAAAUUCCCACAUCAGCAAGAUUUUGUUUCUCGUUUACGUUUACGGAAUUUUCGCCAGCGGAAAUUUUUCCGUGUAUGUUUUAUUUUUGGGUUAAGCAACUGUCUCGAAACUUUUCGGGAGCAACAAUCAACCAACCAACCAACCAACCGCCAAGCCAAGCUGCAAUGAGUUUUGUUCUGUGAUACUGGCAACACUUGUUCUCCCUCCGCCCUGUACUCUCGCUCGGCGCUCUCCUAAUGGUGGCUUCAGUGAGGAGUGCGCGGACCUCCGCCGCCGGAACUGUUCCCACACGAAAAGACGGUUCCAUAAAUACGUGACAAAGGAAAACGAAACGCAAAAAACUGGCGUAAGCGCUUCCUACUCUGUGAUAAACGGGUUUUUCUGUUGUUAUUGUUCUUUUUAAAUUAUUACUAUUAUUUUUUGAGAAAUGUUUGCAAUUUGAAUUUUAAGUGUAGUUUAAGCGGUUGUGUUCUGUUGUUUUGAAACCAAUCUAGUCGCCUGGGAAAGAUUUUUUUUCGAUUUCGCCAGGUCUGGUAGCACUGAUUGUUGCCACGUGUACAUUUGAAUUUCUAAAAUUCUGCCAAAAUGUGUGAAUAAACAUGAUUUUUUUUACUGGAAAUUUCAGGAGAUCUGUCAACAGGUCUUCAUUGGCUGAGCAGGAAAAAUAUUCACUAUCUUGAAAAGAAAUAUAAAAUAUAAAACUGACAUCACUGCAGUAUGCAGCAGAGGAAUUCUGCAGUUCAGUUAAACAGAAUUGCAAUCGAAAGACUCCUCUCACUGCUUUUUUUCGGGAAAGUUUUUGUAAAUUUUAAAAUAUGAAGAAGAUACCAACUUAUGUAACUUUGUGAAGUGCUUUGUCAAAAUUCUGUAUGAUUGUGGUAGAGAAAGAUCUGAAACGAGAUUCCUUCGUACCUUUGGCGAGAUUUGCAUGAAUCUCAAACAAAAUUCAUCUGCAUCUCGGACAAACUUCGCCUGAAUUUCAAACGAAGCUAUGUCUGAAUCUCAAGCAAGGUUUGACUGAAUGACAGGCGGAAGUUGUCUAAAUUGUCAAACAAAGUCGCCUGAAUCUGCAAAUGAAAGUUGUCCGAGCUGUCAGGUGAAACUCAUCCAAAUGGUCAAAUGAAAAUCGUUUGAAUCGGCAAAUGCAACUCAUCUGAAUCGUUGAUUAAAAUCGUUCAAAUCAAUGUAUGGAAGUCGUUCAAAAGUCAUCGAAGAUAUCAGAUAAAUUUCGUUUGCAUUAGAGAUCGAGAUUAACCUGAGUACUCGGACAAAAUUCAAUUAAACAUCUAGACAAAUUUCGAUUCUCCUACCAUUCAAUACGACAGUGUUGCCAUCAUAUCUUGUCGCUCAGUUUAGCACCUCUAGGAGAACGAAAAGGCACAAUGAAAAAUCAAAUAAAAAUGCAUUUUCUUCCACACUUUUCCAAGCACCAAGCGUUUCGAUGCGAUUGAACCGGGCAAACUUUGACAGCACCGUCUGACAGUGGCUGUCACCUGCGGUAAAGAGAAACAAAAUGUCCGCGAACGUUACAAAAGAUCACGGUUGUCACGCUGCGUAGAUUUUUUUCGCCCAACAAACCUUGGUUCAGCUGAAUAACAGACUUUUUCAAACAACAAAAGCUAAUUGUACGUAAGAACAAAACACUAGAAUAAAAAUGGCGAAACCCGAACCCAAAACAAUGAUCUCCCGCGGUAAACCACCUUCAACCGAGCCCGGAAUAACCGGCCGCUGUCCCACUUCCACGGGAGCUUCUUCCUAGCUGUGUGUGUAUUUUGUGUAUUUCCCUCUGAAAGCGGAUCCUAACCUCUAAACUGAAACAACCGAAACAAGGACGUAUUCCAAAGAUUUUCAGUGUCUCUUUAUAAACAAAAACAACCAAUCGACGUAGGAAAACGCGAUAUUGAAUGUAAACAACUUAAAAAAACAUGGCAAUAACAAUAAAAAAUUGCGAAUAUAUGACUGAAGAAACCAAACAGCCAUACCCUAGCGGCGAAGAAACAUUCAUUGUCGAAGCGGGGGAAGGCAAAACAAUCGAAGCAAUCCGGAGAAGAAAUGCCGUCAACUGACAGCAACACCAGCGCGGAUCCAUCAAUUGACAAUCGACGAAGCAAAACUUGUAUCAUUCAGUUGACAUUAUUCCAAGAAAUUAAAGCAAAGCGAUCUCUCUCUAUCAAAGUGGUGUUGUUUUCGGUUGAAAGGUAAACAAAACAAUGUACUAUUAUUAUUAUUAUUCAUUUUUUUCUGACAUUUGCAAUACACAAACACACAUGCAGUUCGAUGAAUGAGACAAACGAAAAUGAGGAUUUUUUUUUCGAAUUGACAGCAGCAAACGUCAACUAUUAUAGUGAACCCCGCGGCGAGCGCCUACUGCCAGUCAGUGGCGGCGUGACAGAGUGGGGGUAAAUCCGCGAAAUAAAAGACUAAAUUUUUUGCCUAUUUAUAUGUACAAAAGUAUGAAAUUAUAGAAGAUCAUAUGAACCGUAAUUAACCUUUGUGGGUAAUAUUGUACACGUCGUAAACUUUUGCAGAUUUUUUUUUCUCGAAGUAGGGGCAUUAUUGCUAUUUAAAACCAACUGAUUAUCACAAUUGUGUGUGUUUUAAGUCGAGUAAUAUCCAGUUAAGGCGGCAGACAUCAUAGAACAUCAACUAACGAACCUAUAUAGGUGUGAGUUUUUAUGUAAGCAAUGAUUUUUCGAUAUUAAGAAACGACGAAAAAAAGAAAACUUUCCUCCUUCUUGUUACGCUUUGACAGAAAAAAAAACUGCUUGAAACAAAUAACUAACCAACAACAAUGAUACAUUGUUCUACGAAGCGAAAACUGAUAUACACAUACACACCCACGCCUCCAAAUCAAACAACUUUUCGAUAUCCCUCCAAUACUGAAACACUUUUUUCGAAGCGGAAGCUAUCUUAAUACGCAAGCAUUGUCCAAAACCUAGUUUCGGAAUUCGCAUCCACACGCACACAAAUCCACGAUCGAAGCAGGCUCUAUCCAUUCCCUGCGUGACAACGAGACGGCUGCAAGGCCAACUGCGAUGCGAACGCGAAAACAAGCAAUUUUCACAACAUCGGUGUUGUGUGAGGACGAAGAAAACCAAUACGAACUCGUUCCAGCGCUGUAUGUGUGCGUGUGAAGCGCGGCAGCGUGGCAAACAAUAGCAAACUCUAAUCGGCUGUAUUGUGUGUUUGGAAAAAAGCGCGUAGCAAAGUGAUUCAGAAGAACAUACGCGUGUGUUUUAAAAUGAACGAAUAAAUUUUCGAUAUGUUUUUUUUUUCGAUCCGUAGAAAUUCGGCUCCCCGUAAGUAACCCCGUAACGUUUUAAUACAACUCAAAAUUAACAUUUAGAGGAUAAUCAUACAUAUUGUAGUAAGAGGCGUACAUAUGGCAAAUCUAAGAACGAUAAGACGAUUUUUGCGAGCGUGUGCCUGCUGAGGAAUGAACAGUUCUGUUUGCAUUCAUUCACAAAUGAAACGAUCGAACAUGACUGCCUCAUUGUCAUUUCUGAUCGUUUCAUUCGGAAAAUGCCGAAUAGACAGACGUAAGGUAGUUGUGGUGAUCUGAAACAAUGGAUGGGAAGAGCUAGAAGAGCAGGAACGGAAAAGAACGGACACACAACAGAAAGAGAGGCAAUUUCAGUAUUUUUUUUUGGUUACCGAUGAAGAGGACUUACACGGCACUCUAACACAAUACACUCAGAAGAAGCUUUUUCUCCCUCUCCAUCACAGUGCUUUGUCUAGAUUUUUUUUGUUUUGUUAGUAAAUAAACUCAUAUGGUUCAACAGUUCAGCCAACUAAUCAAAAUGCUAUAGCAAUUCACAAGGCAAACAUUUCUUAUUCAAUGUUACGAUAUCAAUUAUUAAAAAAUCACUACAGCGUCUUUCUCAUUAUGAUAAGUUACGGCAAACGAAGUGAAAAAACGGCGACUAGAUGCGUCUGUUUACAGCGGUACCGUUUGUGGUUUUGAUUUUUUUUUUCUUAUUACGGGAGGUUAGUUUCGAACGUGUGCCGCUGAUAGGAUCGUGUACUAUUUUUACCUUAUUUAAAGGCCAUUUAUACCUAAGAUUACACAUUAUUAUUUUUUUUAAACUGGAAAAAGCUUUCGAGCCUUUGCCGUUUAUCAUCUCUGUUGCAUUAGCUAAUACAAGAAACAAUUUCAACAACCCACGUCUUGUUUAUUACAUUUUUCCCUAAUCUGUAAGCAAAACCAAUAUAUUACGAGUUAAGGUGAGACACAGGAGAUGGAAGACGACAGAGUAAGAGGAAAUCUUGUACCAUUUACACAUAUAACUAUAUAUGUCCCUAGGAAAUAAUUAUUUUACACAUAGACACACAAUCUUAGAGUUACAAAAAAUAUAUAUUCAUAUACAUUUAUUUCUUUUUUGUUAACAUUAUUUUUAUUUAUUUAUUUUUAGAACGUCGGAAGCUUAAUAGUGAAAAGUUUAGCAUAAUUUUACACACACCCCUCACACAGACACAGUAAAGUAAAUAAAGAAAAGCGAAACUAAAGUACACACAACCACACCAACACUUUUAAACGGAAACACAAAACAAACAUCACCUGGAUGACAGUUGAGCAUGUAAAUAGAGAAAAGUAACUGGAAGAAAACAGAAAUCAAAGCAACCCAAAAGAAAUCACUUUCACAAUCUAAACAAAAAGCAUAACAAAACAAAAUCACGAACACCGGCGCCGGCCCAGUGGGGGCAGGCCCCCCAUCCAACGGCGCCGCUGACGUCAAUGACCGAUUAGAUUUCACCUCUUUCCAAAUUAUUUUUCCUCUGAAAAUUCCUCACUCGAAAAACACUCACUCAAGUAACACACACACAGACAAAUGGCGGACACAGUGGUGUUGCAGAAAGCUUUGAUGUUGAUGAACGAAAACCGUCGGACUGGCAACCACGGGGCAGUGUUGCGCGCGUUUCGCGAUCCAAAUUUAGGACAAUUCACCCCCUAUUCGGCCCAAGCUGUCAAGCGAAACGUGCGCCCCCUCGUGCCGACUGUGUAGCGAAAAAUUUACACACGGAAAACAAACCAGAAGGUGUUAAAAAUCUAUAAUAAAGAAAGAUGAACAGAUGAUUGUUGUUAUCCGAUUUAAGUUUCCAAACUCUGCUGUAGAUACGAAAACAAAACAAAAACACGAGAAACCAGGACAAAGAGAAGUUGAUCUAAACUAAAUAUAAAUGUGUAUAUUCUGCAAAGAAAGAAAUAAAAGAAACUUGUAAAACACACAAAAACCGAAACAGAACGAUAUUUUUUUCUCUUCUACAUAUAUAGCUUUUAGUUGGUAGAGUUUAGUUAACCCCCCGUUCCCCCCUCACAAAAACAUCUCCUCAUUCAUCGUGAUUACCCCCGUAUGCCCCCACAUCCCUACGCCUUCAUCACUUAUUUCUUUUUUGGAUGUACAUAUCGUAUAAAUUCUUACCUGACUUUCGUUCGUUUCAAAAACACCACCAUUCUCUUGUUUUUUUCAACCCAUUUUCCAAUUCGGUUCUGAGAUUGCAAUUUCAAACCAUUAAGAGAUAAGCAAACGAAAACAAACAUGUGCGCCACUCAAAAGCAACCCAACCAGAAGCAAACCAAACCAAGCAUAGUUGGGCGGCUUGCGAAGAAAAUUCGAGAGCGAGAAAAGGAUCACCCGGAUGGGCGAUGAACAUGAGUGAAGUAAUAAUGAUUAUGAAUCAGUAAAACUGGCAACAACAGUAGUAGCAGCAGCAGGCAAUAACACGCAGCUUGAAUGACGGACGAUGAUGAAUAAGAACUUCACGAUAAUGAAGAUGAUAACUGGCGGUGAAGAGAGAUGAAGAAGAAACAUGAUGAUUUUGUUCGAAGUCGAUUUAAGGACAUACAGUUUUUUUUAGUUUUAAGUAAUACAAUAUUAUACAUAUUAUAAAUAUAUACACGGUAUUAGAUAAAAGUAA